CUCGUUGCCGUCUGUGGGUGUUCUGGGCGGAUGCGUGUUCUGCUUGCGGCCCUUCAUAUUGUUAUUUUCUGGGAGUUCGAGUGACGCUCUGUCGGAAUCUGGUUGCGGAAGUGAAGCGCUUUCGUUCGUUACCUGCCCAUCGGCAGGUGGCGUUUAGAUUUGUGGGACUACCAAUCGUCCGGGUCAACGUUACCAGAAUAGCAGACGCCGGACAGGAACCACCCGGCCGCUUUCGGGAGCAGGUGCUUCUCCCUUGCUUGAAGUCAGGUGUUCUGGGCGGAUGCGUGUUCUACUUGCGGCCCUUCAUAUUGUUAUUUUCUGGGAGUUUCAGUGACGCUCCGUCGCAAUCUGGUUGCGGAAUUGAAGCGCUUUCGUUCGUUAUCUGCCAAUCGGCAGGUGGCGUUUAGAUUUGUGGGACUACUACCAGAAUAGCGGACGCCGGACAGGAACCAUCCGGCCGCUUUCGGGAGCAGGUGAUUCUCCCUUGCUUGAAGCCAGGUAGCCGUGUGGUGACAACAUUGGUGAAGGCUAUUGUUACCAAUGGAGCAAGAGUCCAGCAAGGAUGAGAGCUCCGGCCGCCAAUCCCAACAACCUGCUGGUGGCACUGCAAUGGAAGCAGCAUCUGAAGAGGAGAGUAAGGACAAGUAUCAACCACCAGAUCUGGCUGAGUACGGUGAUCACUACUUCUCAACCAAUGCACCUCAUCCAGACCUGGUGAGAGCAUGUGAAGAUGACGAUGUGGAACAAGUCCGACAAACCGUGAAUAUCGGCACUCCAACUGAACCUGUUACUAGACCGGAUCUCUUGGAACAAGUGCCGGAGUCAUACCUUUCCGUUUGGCUUAGUCGAAGGAGAAUUUCCAUGACAGUCAUGGUUCUUCUGAUGCUGGCAGCAUGCUACUAUGGCAGCAUUCAUUGUGUCCAGUUUUUACUGUGGUGUGAUCCGUCGCUCUUGCACAGCAAAGUUAUGUUUAAACUCUAUGAGGAGCCACGACGUUUUCAAGUGCUCUCAUGA